AUGCGAGAACUAGACGCCCUUAUUUCCGAGUAUCGCCAUGAGAAGAAACGCCCCCGCGAAUCGGAGGCGCUUUUUAUCCUGCGCAAAGUUGCCUCCUUGGUUAAACCCAUUAUGCGUCAACGCGCGUGGAGAGUCGGCGCGCUAUGCGAGUUCUACCCAACGCAGAAAAACCUCUUGGGGUUGAAUGUCAACUAUGGUCAGAAAAUCUGCCUGAGGCUACGGUAUCCUUCCGACCAGCGGCAAUUUCUGCCCAUCGAACAGGUCGUGGAUACGAUGCUGCACGAAUUGUGUCAUAUUGUGCAUGGCCCGCAUGACCGCCAGUUUCAUGCACUUUGGAACCAACUUCGAGACGAGCAUGAGGAACUCGUCAUGAAGGGUUAUACUGGCGAGGGCUUCCUAUCUCAAGGCAAACGUCUUGGUGGAAGCAGAAUCCCGCUCGAUGAAGCCCGCCGUCAAGCGCGCGCAGCUGCUGAGCAACGAAGGGUUCUGACUAAGAACUCCGGCAAAAGACUCGGCGGUGCUCCCGUUCUCCGGGGUACAGACAUGCGCAAGCUUCGUGCAGAUGCUGCUCAACGACGUAUCGAGGUUACUAAUGGAUGUGCCUCGGGAACCGACCGGAGCGAAGAGCUUGCCGAGGAGGCUUCUAGGAAUGGGUUUAGGACACAGGCAGAAGAGGAUGAUGCGAACGAGCAAGCUAUCUUGCAAGCCUUUAUUGAACUGAUCCAAGAAGAGGAACGAGAGAAAUACGGGGACUCGUACAUUGCUCCGAGUCAAGAGAAUCCGGCCGGCCCGAGAACGCAUGAACCACCGGACACAUCUGAUUCUACUGGGACAGCGAAGAAACCAGACCCCGGGGUACCCCCAGAGCCGACACCUGGCACUUUAAAAUUCGCCGCAGACAACAACACGUACGAGUCACCGUGGACAUGUACAACCUGUACCCUGGAAAACCCACCAAACUUCCUAUGUUGUGAUGUAUGUGCUGCCGAACGGCCGGUCCCCUCAGUGGACAAGCCCGCUGUCAUCCCACGGCAGCAAGCGCCAGCUGUACGUGCAAAACCAGAGCUGGAACGAUCGAAGAAACGAGUCUUGCAAAUCGACGGAGAGGAAGAGAAAAAUGAAGCUACCCCCAGAAAUAAUUUUAAUUUUAAGAACCGCACUCGGGCGUUGGAUACACUUGCUUCAAUCCACCGCGACGCGAGUAAACGACCACUGGGCUGGUUAUGUGAGCAAUGUGGGAGUUUCAUGGAGAGCCAGUGGUGGACUUGCUCCUGUUGUGGGAAAUUGAAGCCGUCAUCUUGA